AUGUCUGAAAAGCAAAAUGUUGUUUGGCGGGAUACAAAAGGUGACCCGGUAAAUGGUGCUGGCAUGGCUGUCAAACUGAAAUACACCGAAGAUGUGGACGUCAUCAUUGGUCCACCAUUUUCACACGGGUUUUGCUCUUUUGCUGGUGGUGGUGUACGCAAGCAAUUCGAGGAGAACAACCUGACCGUCACAGAAGAUAUAAUGUUCAUUGAAGAAACACUCACUGAUUCUAUUAUGGAUUUUCACCUAAAGAAACUAAGUCGGGAUUCUAGAAUAAUCAUGUUGUGCACAGCUCGAGCCCAACUUCGCAAGAUAAUGCUCCGAGCUUAUAGCAUGGGGAUGUGCAAAGGAAAUUUUGUCUUUUUGGCGCUGUACUCCUUCCCCAAAGCGUUUUACACUGACCCCACCGAUAAAAAAGAGGAGAGUAUGCCACUUUGGUAUGGCAAUGAUACCGACGACGAGACUGCCAAACAAGCGUUCCAAGUUGUCUUCGAUGUAACGCUGGCGUCGAUAAACACGAAGCAACUAGAAGGUUUUCUUGAGCUGGUCCCCCAGAAGCUAACAGAAGCUCCUUGGAACAGUACCGAAGCAGUAGAUUUGGGACUGAGUGGUUCAAGACACAGCCCUUACCUUUUUGACGCCGUUUAUCUGUACGCCAUUUUACUCAACAAGUCGAUGGCCUUGAAUAUAUCGCAUCGAGAUGGGAAACAACUGUUGUAUUUGGCGAAGAAGACGGAAUUUUCAGGAAUGUCGGGGAAAGUGGAAUUCGAUGAUAAUGGUGAUCGAGACCCAUUUUAUUGGGUCUGGGAUUACACCAGUCCCACCGGUAUACCACGGAUCAUUGCAGUUGGCUCAGCAUCUCCACUUUAUGGACAGAAAUCGCCCGUAGUUAGAUCUGAAGAAGAAUUGGCUCCUCCAGGUCAAAAAACUGUCCAAGACUCGCCGUCUCAUGACGGCGCCUCCUACAACUCUAUCAAACGGCGUAUAUUUGAGGAAGAAUUAGCGAAGAUGCUUUGGAAAGUAGAUUAUAACGAAAUUCGCCUUUCCACUGUGAAUAAAAAGUCUGACAGUCAGGUUAGUUUUAAAACGCAAUCGUUGGAAAGAGAUGGUUCCACUUUGAGUUUGUCCAAUCCUCAGCCACACAUGUUUACAAUGGGCUACUACAGGGGUAUAGUGGUCGCCAUUAAACGUGUUUGUAAAAGUCACGUGGCUCUCAGCAGAUCUGAUCAUUUAGAAUUCAAACAGAUGCGAGAUCUGAGUCACGAAAAUAUUAACCUAUUUAUUGGAUCAUGCGUUGAUCCACCAAAUUUGUGCGUUUUGUUUGCUUAUUGUUCAAAGGGAAGUCUGCAGGAUAUUCUGGAGAAUGAUGACAUUAAACUAGACUGGACAUUUAAACAAUCUCUACUUUCUGACCUGGUCAAUGGUAUGGCCUAUAUCCAUUCCUCCAGUCUUGUAUCUCACGGUAGGAUGAAAAGCAGUAACUGUGUGGUCGAUAGCCGCUGGGUGUUGAAGAUAACCGAUUACGGACCGAGUGCACUGUUGCAUGUACAAUUCAACAGCAGAGAUUCGGAGGAGCAAGGGAAAUUUAAAGCAUUGUUGUGGACUGCUCCAGAGAUACUCCGCAUGCACGAACCUCCGUCCCGUGGUACACAAGAAGGAGACGUCUAUAGCUUUGGCAUAAUCUUGCAUGAGAUCGCAUUCCGCCACGGACCAUUUCCUGCCGAGAGGAUGAUUCCAAAAGAUAUUGUUGGUCGAAAUAUACAACUAGCCAUUAUGUCUAAUUCUUUCUCAUCAGAACCCCAGUUUUCUGGAAUUUCCACUCGCCCACUUUCAUUAUUUUGUUCGUUCACGCAGAGAGUCGGAAAUAUUAUGGAUAUUAUUUUAAAGAGGAUGGAAAGAUACGCCAUCAAUUUAGAAGAUUUGGUGGAACAAAGAACACAAGCUUUACUAGAGGAAAAGAAAAAGACAGAUCGCCUAUUAUACCAACUGUUGCCAAGGUCAGUGGCCGAAAGGCUGAAAGUCGGCGAAACUGUCUAUCCUGAAGUAUUCGAAUCCGUGACCAUAUUUUUCUCAGACAUCGUUGGUUUCACUACUUUGUCUGCUCUCAGUACACCUAUGCAAGUCGUGGACCUUUUAAAUGAACUCUAUACUCUCUUUGAUGACGUCAUUGCCCAACAUGAUGUUUAUAAGGUAGAAACUAUUGGUGAUGCAUACAUGGUAGCAAGUGGCCUUCCUCACCGCAAUGGAGAUUUACACGCAGGCCAGAUUGCAGACAUGUCAUUAAAUAUUGUCAGUUCCAUCUUAACAUUCCGAAUCCACCACAUGCCAGACAGGCAGCUGCAAGUACGCAUUGGAAUACACACUGGACCUGUGUGUGCAGGUGUAGUUGGUUUAACAAUGCCGAGGUAUUGUGUAUUUGGAGACACAGUCAACACAGCAUCUCGAAUGGAAUCAAGUGGCAAAGGACUGAGAAUUCACAUCAGUGAAUCGACAAGGGAUGCUUUGAUGAAGAUUGGUGGCUAUGUCGUUUCGUUGAGAGGCGAAACACCGAUCAAAGUACGUAUAUCUCCAUUGUCAUGUGUAGCUAGUGUGGUGUCACGUGAAAAAGAUGAAACUCCAUGGGAUCGUCCAGUGCCGAGAGGUUAUGACGUCACAGUUUCUAUUGGUUCUUCUGUUGUCAGUGGCCACUAA